GAAAGAGGAGAAUAAUAAGAAAAUUAAAAAGAAGUUAUCAGUUUCUGUAAAAAAAGGAAGAAAAAAAUGUCCUACACGUAAAAAGCCUUAAAUUUUAUCAGUUAUUUAUUAUCAACUAACACGUUGCAGCAAAAAUUAAGGGGAAGAAGCAUAUAUGCGAUGUUUAAAAGGAAACUUUUGGGGAUUUAUAUGAGUAUUUAUUUUAUUACGAAAAUUAGUAACCCUGUUAGUUGUAUGGAAAAUGGCGUCAAUUCUUUAAAGGAAUAUUUAAAUAACAAGUUUGAGAUUAUGAAGGAUAGAAUAACAUUGUUGGAAUAUGAUAAAUAUGAUCGUGAAGACAUUCAGCACCUACAUUUGAACUUCCAUACAGUCAAAGAACUUUUUUUACCAUUUAAUUGCACUUCUUCAUCAGUUUUUCAAAUUUUUAAUGAAACUUUUGUACUUGUUGAUUCACAGUUAUACUGUAUGUUGCCUGUCUCUGAUAAAAUAAUUUUACAAUUUUGUAAACAGUUAGAACAUUUAAAUGGAAAAGAAAUAUUAUUUGCAAAGGCAACAGAUUUCCAUGGCAUGGGUUUAUUAUUUGUAACGCUGUCCAUUGGGUAUUCGUAUAUUUAUGGAUAUUCAAAACAAGAGCAGCAAUGGGUUUUUCUUCAGGCAAUAAAAAACAAAGACUUUGCAACAGAUGCUACAUUUUUUGUACAAAACGCACACCUAUAUUUGGUUAUUACAAAUAGUAAUUUAAAGGGAGCACCUCUCACUAUAUAUAAAUGGACAGGUAUUCAUUUCGAUGAAGACAGUGAGCUAUUUAUUGGUAAUUGUGAUGGAAUAACAUCGUUUACAAACAAUAAUCAUUCAGAAAUUAUAAUUUCAACAAAAAUCUUUAGCGAAAAAGAGUUUUCUACACAAGUGUUUGAAUUUAAAAAUGGCCAAUUGAUAAAAUUACAAGCAUUGAAUAUUCCUCAUCCUGAACAUGUGAUUAUUUAUAGUCUUAAUAGUACUAUUUAUGUAGCAAUAUAUAACAGCGGAGGGAAUCUUCAUGUGCUUCGGUGGACAGGUACAUAUAUUAGAUAGAUUGUUUUAGCAAAAUAUACAGCUGGCAUUUUUAUGUAGGUUCAAAGCUAAUACCGUGGUUUAAA